AAACCUUCAAGGUCCUUUCCAACUCUGUUAUUCCGUUUUUAUCUAGUCCACAAAAGGCACUCAGAACUCCUCUUUGGCUAUAGUCACCUGAUCACUCAAUUAGCUAUCAGUUUCUCUAGCGCUGAUGAUAUUACCAAGUUUGGGUAAUGAAAUGUUUGUAAGAAAACAGCCAAGUUCAGACAGCACCAAGGCCCCCUCCCCGAAACUCUUGAUACUUUGCCAUGAAGUCAUUUUUGAUUCCUAGCGACCACAUAGAUAAACCUGUUAAGAACUGCCAUGUAUAUAUCUACAGCCCUAUCUCUCUUAUAACCGGGGUAGGGUGGGGGUGAAGAGUGCAGGGCAAACUACUUCAUAAAGUCCCCCUCAAGCUUUUAUCCCUUAAAGGAUUUUAAUAACAUCUUUGUCCUCCACCUUGAAUUCAAAGCAUUUUUCCAUAGGAAAAGCAUUGACCUGCAUCCAUUGUCCCCCAACUCCACUCAUCCAUAUAGGAAAAAGAUGAGGGAAAAGGGAAACACCUCGCGCACCGCCCGUUCUUUUCUAGUUUCCGCGUGCAUUUCCCCGCCGGCUGGCUCUCUGCCCGCGCUCCCCUUCUUUCUUUUCGCUCCUUCCUUCUCGGCUUCCCUGCGGGGUUAACAGCGCGCCGUCAUCCGAGGCUAGCUCCGGCAUGGAAUCGAUCGCGGAAUUGGCUCUCGGACCUUGCGUCGCCUCCCAAUAUUUGCGGCCUUUUCGCCUCCGAUACCGGCAGAAUGGUAUUUCAAAACUUUGGGAUUUCAUGAGGACACAUGACAGUGUGUCAAUUCUUAUCUUCAAUAUUUCUCGGCAAUGCUUUGUUCUGGUGAAGCAGUUCCGUCCAGCUGUCUAUAUGUGCGAAAUGGAACAACAAUGUCCUCAGUACUUUGGGAAUAAAACUGAAGAGAGUUGGUGUCCUCUGUCUGAUUUUUUGCCUGCUUCAAAAGGAAUAACAUAUGAACUCUGUGCUGGUAUUGUAGACAAGCCAGAGCUCUCUUUGGAAGAAAUUGCUUGCAAGGAAAUUUUAGAAGAAUGUGGCUAUGAAGUUCCUGUAACCAGCCUAAAAAGAAUCACUUCAUACAGAUCUGGAGUUGGUGUGACAGGAUCAAAGCAUACAUUAUUUUAUGCACAGAUAACUGAUGACAUGAAAUCUAGUGAAGGAGGUGGCCAGGCGGACGAAGGCGAACUGAUUGAAGUUGUGGAAAUACCUCUGCAAGAUUCUAUGAAAUUUGCAUUUGAUGAGACUUUUCCUAAAACUAUGGCAGUUAUCUUCAGUUUCAUGUGGUUUCAGUCCAACAUAGCACCAAAACUGCUAGAAAAAUAAAGCAUUAAGAGAUUCUGGAGAAAUGAAGCAGAAAGAUGGGACCAUGUUGGAAGCAAUCUUUCAGGAUUGUCUAGUUCUUAAAUUUAGUAUAGUAAAGUUCAUAAAAUUCAUAUGCUAAGAAUGGCAGAUAAGUAACUCAAGUUUAAAUAUGUUUUUCAUCCCAUAUUUUAUCUUCCACGGAAAGAAUUUGACGGAAGGGUAUUUGCAAUACAUGAAAGUUGUCCAGUCAGAAACACAAUUUUCUGACAAGAACUAAUAGGCAAACACAAAUGGAUAAUUUAUCAUGAGAUAAAUGAGUUUGUCAAGGAAAAUGUGAAAUAAGGAGAAGAAAUGAUAACAAAAGAUUACAUUUGUUAGUGGUUAUUUACAAUUAUUAAAAAGAUUUAAAGUAGAUAAAAGAAUGUGUGGUUUUGAUCAUUAUAAGAUUAAAUUUGAAAUAGAAUUGUGUACAACAAUGAGCAUGCAAUUGCUAAAAUGUAUAAUAGAAUAUCUGUUGCUCAGGGUUGAUCUGUGGUGUUCUUGGUGCUCUCUGAAUUUGGUGGUUUGCUUGCAAAUGUUUUAUUACCCAACUGGGUAACAUCAUCAGUUUGGUGAGUGUGGGGUUUGCUCCCUCUUUAUAUACAAUAGUUUAAUAUGCCAAUGUACAUAUAAAAUGUAUAAACAUUUAAUGAAAUUUGAAAAAAUAAAAACAUGAAAAAAUGGA